GUUGACGUCCUGUCUCAAGACCGGACACCACAUGCCAAGUCGGCCUUGGAUGUCUGAGAUCACUUCAUUUUACAUCUAGAGGUAUAUGACCGAUCGAUACUUUCGCUGCAUGCUUGGCCGUAUAUUAGAUCCAUCCUCGCAACGGUUAAUCAAUCAACGUGGAUUGAAAACACGUGCUGCUCUACCAUCCGAAGAUCGAGUGUCGGUCGGCUUAUAGAAUAAGAGCUUGUUGAAUUUUCAGCUCGAUCUGGGCUCUACUUCAUAAUACUCACACAACGCUCUUACUAUCAUCCGCCCAUCUAUUGGUAUUAAAUAUGGCAUCUGCACCAAACCAAGGCCAAAGGCUUCCUAGAAUGCCAGUGGUGGUGCCUAAUAUGACCGAUUCAUCAAAUGACCCGAAGCUCACUGCAGGGGGAGCCAACAGCAUGAAUGGCAAUGUCAACGGCAGUGUAAACGACACGAACCCUGAUGUGUGGGAUACCGAAAUGCAACUCGUCUCCUCUCUCGCAAAGCUCCAGAAAAUGGAGGCCAUGAUCCACCGACUUCGGACUUUACUCCCUGAGCGUCUGCUGGAGCCUCUAGCCCCGCUUGUUAACCCAAAAGCUGCUGCGGGAAGACCGGCCCCCAAGUCGCCGCAAAUGCUGUACGAACAGCUCGCCCAGGCUUCGCGGGCUGGUGUCUCCGAAGUUCAAGAAUUUCAGUCAAUGUGGCGCAGUCCUGAGAUGAAGGCAGUCUGGGAUCGGAUUGACGCGCAGAUCAAAGAAAACGGUGGCCGCAUGCUGCAGCCAACGGGCAAAUGGGAGCGAGACUAUGAUAUGAUUCUCGCGGAGCUCCGCAAAGAAGAGCAGAUCCAGAAUGAGCAGCAGCAGAGAGCCAAUGAGGAGCUGGAGCGCUCGAAGAUCCAGGCUACCGAGGGUGGCUGGAGAGCGAUUGCCGAGGGCUUUACUCAGAAGAAUGUGCCCGGUGUGCGCGUUGUGCCUAGCCACAACGAAUCGUCCGUCACGGUCGUGCUUGUGAAAGCAGGAAUGGCAUUCAAGGUUGAUGCUAUUGCAGGACAGGAUGGGAACGGUGUACCUGACUGGCGGGUCUCAGCUAGGACGCAGCAUGGACAACCCCCGUCGAAACUCGAGACCGCGGUGGUGCAUUGCUUGAAUUCUCGUCCUCGGCAAUGGGACCUGUAUUAUCUACUGGACAUGAUGUCAUCCUACUCAAAUAUCAAGCAAGCACCUUGUCUGAAAUGCAAUAAAAUGACCGACAAUGCAGCAACCCUUCCCACAAUCCGCAAACCAUCCUCUGUUCCUCAGCAAGCCACUCCGAUUUGGGAACCCUAUCAUCCAACCUGCAUCGCAUGACGGAGAGAGAUAGUAUGAAAGGGCACUGUUUAUCGGCCCGACAUUCACCCUCGCACUAAAUCGUUCCUCGAUCAACAUCCGGACACUUUUUCCCAUAUACCUCAGCCC